AUGUUUGCUACCAAAUUGGAGACACCAGGGCAAUUUAGCUCUCGAGUGCGCGUUGUUCCCGCCGUCGUCGACGCCAGACUCACCGCGCGAACGGCUGUGACGAGUUCGCGAGGCAAAAAAGAAGGAACAAGGCACGGCGCAUGUGUAUAUGACCUCGGCGGUUCGCAGGCAAUGCCUCCAUUUCGUGCGGGUCGCCGUCCGCUCGUGAUUGAUCCUCUUUCUACUGCCUUUCUCUUGUAUAUCCAUCGUUAA